AUGACAGAGUGUGGCAAGACAGGGUCGGUGCUGGGAUGGAGCCAGGGCAAUGCUGGGGUCCAGGGCGUUGGGCUGGCGCCUUGGAGGACUCGCAUGGCUGGGAGGGAGGAGCCGUCCAAGCAGGGCCAGCCUGGGCAGACAGGGGUCACCUUUCUCCCACCUGAGAACCGUCCUCCGCGGCCCGGUGCUCCCCUGCGCACCGUCGGCCCCUCCGCUUGGUGCAGCCCGACUCUCGUGUGGAGAGCUGACAGCCGGGUCGCCCUGCUGGGGGCGGAGGGUGCUGAAAACCAUGCAUGGGCACUGGGGCUGAGUCCCUCGGGAGGGCCCUCGAAGCCCGAGGGAUCCCCGACGGCUGCCCGCGACCCCACGGCCAUGUCAGCCCUGCUGGCCACUCCCCUGGCCGGAUCACGGGGCCAUCACCGCCAGAGGCUGCUGCAGCUGGGCGGCAGCGUGAAGCUCCACUGCGUCCGGGCGCUGCCUGCGGCUCCCGCUGACCUCAAGGGGCUGCUCCGUCCACAGUCUGCUGUCGGAGAUGCACAGGGCCUAAACGGGACAGCAUCUCCUGAGGCCAGGGCACAGGCUCUGGGAGGAGCGUGUCCCCCCAUGGCCACCCAGAUGUUCCUGUCGCAUGGCAGGUCCCAGGGGCGGGUCAGGAGGGAGAGGGUCCAGGAGGCUCCAGGCACAGGUCAGGCAGUGGGUGCUGGGGUCACCACCACGAGAGGGACCCAGGAGAGGCAGGCUGGGCGGGAGAGGGAGGGCGCCUGGGACACGCUGGCUUCCUUCCCCACGUCGUGUGGGGUCUCUCAGCCUGGGGAGCCCCCGGUGGACUCCAAAGCCCUGGUGAGCUUCCACUUCCCACGCUGUGGCCCACCAGCCCGGCUCUGCACGGUCCCAGUGCGAACCCCACAAAGCCCAGGUGAUACAUCUGAAGAGCGUCGUGAAAGCUUGGCUGAGCCCACGGGGGUGGAGGAAAGUCGGGAGCGGGCAGCGGGCCGAAACGCCACGCCAGUGACCAGCCCUCUGCCAGGGACCCUGUUGACUGGCGUAUCUCCCCAGAACUGCAUGGUGCCCUUCAACGACAGCAGGGUGUUCCUGGUGACUGUGUACAGCACCGUGUGCAUGCUGGGCCUGCCAGCCAACUGCCUGACGGCCUGGCUGACGCUGCUGCAGGUGCGCCAGGGCCACGUGCUGGCCGUCUACCUCUUCUGCCUGGCGCUGUGCGAGCUGCUCUACAUCAGCACCCUGCCGCUCUGGGUCGUCUACAUCCAGAACGGGCACCGCUGGCCCCUGGGCCCACGGGCCUGCAAGGUGACCGCCUACGUUUUUUUCUGCAACCUCUACGUCAGCAUCCUCUUCCUGUGCUGCAUCUCCUGCGACCGCUUCCUGGCAGUGGUGUACGCGCUGGAGACACGAGGCCACCGCCACCGGAAGACCGCCAUCCUCGUCUCAGUGUCUGUCUUCGUUCUCGUGGGGCUCGUCCACUACCCGGUGUUUCAGAUGGAGGAGAAGGAAACCUGCUUCGAGACGCUGCCGAUGGACCGCGAGAUUGCCGGGUACUACUACACGCGCUUCGCCGUGGGCUUCGCCGUCCCUCUGUCCAUCAUCGCCUUCACCAACCAGCGCAUCUUCAGGAGCAUCAAGCUGAGCACCAGCUUGAGUGCCGCCCAGAAGGCCAAGGUGAAGCGCCUGGCCAUCGCGGUCGUGACCAUCUUCCUGUUCUGCUUCGCUCCCUACCACCUGGUGCUCCUGGGCAAAGCCAUAGCCUUUUCCUACUACAAAGGAGACACGGGCCCUGUGUGCGCCUUCGAAGUCAACCUGUACACGGUCUCCGUGGUGUUCCUGAGCCUGGCCACGGUGAACAGCGUGGCUGACCCCAUCAUAUAUGUGCUGGCCACGGAAGUUUCACGCCAAGAAGUGUCCAGAAUCCACGGGGCGUGGAAAAAGUGGUCCAUGAAGACAGACGUCGCCAAGCUCACGUAUUCGAAGGAUUCAGAGGAGGCACGAUCGCCCACAUAG